CAAGGCGAGAGAGCGGAAACAACAAAUGCAAUGAUUAUGACAAAGACCGGCGGCAAAUAGCCGAGAAACACAAUAAAAAAAAAAGAAGAAAGCGAAGAGGGAAUUAGGGCGUUGCUGAGAGCAACGCAUAUCUCAGAGAGACCACCGCAGCCAAAACCGCAAUGGCCACAACCAAAUAGGCAACCAAUUAAGAAAUACCAAGCGGGACCAACUGCAGACCAACGACCAAUCAAAUUGAGGUGAACAGUAAAAUUGAGUCUAAAUGAAUAAUAAUUCCGUGUCUGGGCGAACAGUGCAUCAUGUAUUUGCAAAUAACUUUUUUCAAUUUUCUCCCAUAAGUUUGCUAAUUAAAGUGACUAUACUGGCGAGCCAGCUCGUAGCGCAAUUUGGGCUUAUUAGGCCCCUCCUGAAUUUUAUGGGCUUCCGGCCCGUGAAGCUGUAAACAAUAACAUGGCCUCCGCCGAGGACAGAACGCUUCCCCCGAAUAAUCGACGGGGAAGAAAGAAAGAUGCUACCGUUCUCGGCUCCUCGGCCGGAGUCGAUUCACCACCGCCUCCACGAUUUCGCCAAGCUAGCGCUCGUCAAGAUCUUCGCUCACCCCUACGCCACCGUUUGCGACUUGUACUGCGGAGGAGGACUGGACCCCGAGGCAUGGGCCGGCAUUCAAAUUGGCCGCUAUGUCGGCGUCGAAGUGCCGGCUUCUGGAUUGAGUGAAAUAGAAGAAAAUUGGGAGAGCCAUAGGAAAGACUACUCUGCAGAGUUCUUCGAAGCGGAUCCUUGCUCGGAAAGUUUUGAAACCCAGCUCAAAGAGAAGGCUGGUCAGGUGGAUUUUGUUUGCUGCUUACAGAAUUUGCAGCUCUGCUUUGAAACUGAGGAGAGUGCUAGGAGAUUGUUGCACAGUGUCUCAUCUUUGCUUAAACCAGGGGGUUAUUUUUUGGGUAUUACUCCUGACUCAUCUACCAUAUGGGCAAAGUACCAGAAGAAUGUGGAGGCAUACCACAAUAGAAGCGCAAGUAUGAAGCUAAAUAUUGUUCCCAAUUGCAUACGGUCUGAGAAUUAUAUGAUCACGUUUGAGGUUGAGGAGGAAAAGUUCCCUUUAUUUGGAAAGAAGUACCAGCUAAAAUUUGCUCAUGAUGCCGUGGCUGAAACCUAUUGCUUGGUUCAUUUUCCAAGCUUGAUCAGAUUGGCUCGGGAAGCUGGUCUGGAGUAUGUAGAAAUUCAGAAUUUGACAGAGUUUUAUGACGACAACAGAAUGCAGUUUGCCGACAUGCUGAUGAAUGCUGGUCCAAAUCUCUUGGAUUCAAAAGGAAGACUCGUUACUAGGUCAUUUGAUGUGCUUGGCCUUUAUUCGACGUUCAUUUUUCAAAAGCCUGAUCCGGAUGCCGGUCCUCCUCUAGCCACUCCGCUGCUGGAAAACAAUUACAGUCAAGAAGAGGAUAGUUCUUCCCGUUUAACUUUAAGUCAAACGGCUGCUAGAUGGAUAGCCGAUGAGAAGACCGCUCCAGUUAUGGUACAAACACCAGCACCAACCGAGGCCCCUCUUGGACUUGGGAAGAUCAGCGAGCAGAAAGGGAUUUUGGGUCCAGGACCUCCAGAUUUACGCUUUGCGGAGGCUGUUUGACCAUAGUUCACAGAUUGACAUUGUUCAUUAGAGUAGUUGUCUUCUUAAUCGUAGGAUUACUUAAUCUAGAUUAGUUCGCAGGCUCGGUGUAGUUAGAAGUUAGAACCUGAAGUUUACUGGGAGUAAUUUGGCGGUUUUGACGGAGCUGAUUAUUGCAUAUGGUAGAGCAAUCAGUAAUGUCAUGAUUUUGUUGAUGAAAAUCGAAAAUAGAAAGGUCGAAGCAAGGACAGCGUCGUACUUUCAAAAGGUCGAGACUUUUCUGUUCAAAAUGAUUGAAUCUCUUAAGGUGAGUAAAACUAAAGCAUAGAA